AUGAGUUUAGAGGCCGUGGAUUCUAAGGCGAUGGUCCUACUGAUGGGUGUAAGAAGAUGUGGAAAAUCAUCCAUUUGUAAAGUUGUUUUUCACAACAUGCAGCCCUUGGAUACACUGUAUCUAGAGUCAACAUCAAAUCCUUCUCUCGAGCACUUUUCUACUCUCAUUGACUUGGCAGUGAUGGAGCUUCCAGGACAGUUGAACUAUUUUGAACCAAGCUAUGAUUCUGAAAGGUUAUUCAAGAGCGUUGGGGCAUUGGUUUAUGUCAUUGAUUCGCAAGAUGAAUAUAUAAAUGCGAUCACAAACCUAGCGAUGAUCAUUGAGUAUGCAUAUAAGGUUAAUCCUUCCAUCAAUAUUGAGGUUUUGAUUCACAAAGUUGAUGGUCUAAGUGAAGAUUUCAAAGUUGACGCUCAGCGUGACAUAAUGCAACGGACUGGUGAAGAAUUGUUAGAACUGGGAUUAGAUGGAGUUCAGGUUUCAUUCUACCUAACAUCAAUUUUUGAUCACUCGAUAUACGAGGCAUUUUCAAGGAUUGUCCAAAAGCUAAUACCAGAGUUGUCUUUUCUGGAAAAUAUGCUAGAUAAUUUGAUUCAACAUUCAAAAAUUGAAAAGGCCUUUUUAUUUGAUGUUAAUUCCAAAAUUUAUGUUUCCACAGAUUCAAACCCCGUUGAUAUACAAAUGUAUGAAGUGUGCUCCGAAUUUAUAGAUGUGACAAUUGAUUUAUUUGACUUAUACAAGGCGCCGGUUCUGCGGAAUAGCCAGAAGAACUCAGAUGAAAACAAUGCGAUAAAUCCCCGUAAUGAACUACAAAAUGUCUCACAACUGGCUAAUGAUGUAAUUAUUUAUUUGAGGCAAAUGAUUAGGGGAUUAGCUUUGGUCGCUAUCAUAAGACCUAAUGGUACAGACAUGGAAAGCUGCUUGACGGUUGCGGAUUAUAAUAUUGAUAUUUUCAAGAAGGGUUUGGAGGAUAUUUGGGCAAAUGCAAGGGCUAGUCGAGCCAAAAAUAAUACUGAGGACGAUAUGUGA